AUGCGACCGACCAACUCGCAUUUCUAUAGUCUUCUGACAAAGUUUACGGCCCUCAACGGACUGAACACUUACUACUUUAACGCAGAGGGGAAUGGAUUUCGGGGCACCUGGAAGCUAAGGAUAUACUGUCUUAUCCACCAUGUACUCUGCGUUUUGGCUCUGGGUCGGAUGUUCUACAAUUCCGCUGGAAAUAUGCGGAUAUGUGUCACCAUUCUUACGAUGGGUGGAACUACAGCUUUCUGUAUGCAGUCCUGCUGGCAAAAAAGUCAAGGCCUUCGAAAGUUGGCCAAUGGGUUAAUACAAAUGGAGCAGAAAUACUUCACGGGAAAACCCAGCGGUUCGGUCCUGAAAACGCGAUUUAACAUGAAAAUAUUGUUCGUUAUGAUAACCCUACUAAGGAUUCAUCUUUUCUAUCCCAUCUAUCUGAAGAGACUCCUACCGUCAAUGUUUUAUUUGAAUGUGGGGUCUUAUUGGCUACUCUACAACAUGCUGCUGGCUGCUGUCCUUGGAUUCUACUGCUUUAUUUGGCAAAUUUGUCGCAUUCAUAAGCUGUUAAAUGACCAGAUGACUUUGAUUUUAACUAAAUCGAGACAGAGGAAUCGCUUGGGCAAGAUGACCCACUGCCUCAAGCUCUAUUCGAAAGUUCUAGUCCUUUGCGACCAAUUGAACUACGAGUACGGACAUGUUUCGGUCUGCGUUUUGGCCUGCAAGAGUUGGUUCCAGAUCACCUAUGGCUACGAGAUAUUCCAGAUAGUAGCUGCCCCAAAGUCUUUGGAUUUGAGCCUGGGCAUGAGAGUGUUUGUGGUUCUCAGCUACAUUUUGGAUGCUAUCAAUCUGUUCUUUGGAACAGACAUCGCUGAACUGUUCAGCACGUUUAGGGCGGACUCACGGCGCAUUCUACGCGAGACUAAUCGGAUGGAUCGUUUGCUCUCCAUGUUCACCUUGAAGCUGGCCCUACAUCCCAAGCGGGUCGUCUUACUCAACGUGUUUACCUUUGACCGAAAGCUGACUCUGGCGCUCAUUGCCAAGUCGACUUUGUACACAAUCUGCUGGUUGCAAGGCGACUACAACAAACUGAAGCCAUAGACCGUCGAAACUUCAUUCAGAGCAAAUCCUCCGAUUCUAAGAGUUUAUUAUACCAUGCACAAGACUUUGUCUGGCCUGUCAGCACAAAGCAAAAAACCAAGGCACAUGCAGAACUUGAACCAAUACAAACAUUUACAUAUAUGUAUUCAGUAAAUAUAUAAUGG